AUGGACUACGUUUUCAAUAUGCUCGAGCAGUACGCUUCCACACUUGAAGGCGAAGUGGAGGAUCGAACAAAGCAGUUAGUGGAGGAGCAAAAGAAAAGUGAUAUACUUCUAUACAGAAUGUUGCCCAGCUUAACUUUGGAACCCUGCGGUGCGGGUCCGCUCGGCCAAUCUGUUGAACCGGAGACAUUCGACAGCGUCACUGUGUUUUUCUCCGACGUAGUAUCGUUUACGAAACUUGCCGCCAAGUGUACUCCAUUGCAGGUAGUCAAUCUGCUCAAUGACCUCUACACAGUGUUUGAUGGAAUUAUCGAUGCGCACGACGUCUACAAGGCAAGUCUUAUUUUUCAAAAGAAAAUGCCAUCAUUUCCGUCCUCUGAAUAA